AUGGAAUCUGGAGGAGACUACCAACGCGGGACUUCAUGGAAUCUGGAAGAGACUACGAACACGGGACUUCAUGGAAUCUGGAGGAGACUACCAACGCGGGACUUCAUGGAAUCUGGAGGAGACUACCAACGCGGGACUAAAUGGAAUCUGGAGGAGACUACGAACACGGGACUUCAUGGAAUCUGGAGGAGACUACCAACGCGGGACUUCAUGGAAUCUGGAGGAGACUACCAACGCGGGACUAAAUGGAAUCUGGAGGAGACUACGAACACGGGACUUCAUGGAAUCUGGAGGAGACUACCAACGCGGGACUUCAUGGAAUCUGGAGGAGACUACCAACGCGGGACUUCAUGGAAUCUGGAGGAGACUACCAACGCGGGACUUCAUGGAAUCUGGAGGAGACUACCAACGCGGGACUUCAUGGAAUCUGGAGGAGACUACCAACGCGGGACUUCAUGGAAUCUGGAGGAGACUACCAACGCGGGACUUCAUGGAAUCUGGAGGAGACUACCAACGCGGGACUUCAUGGAAUCUGGAGGAGACUACCAACGCGGGACUUCAUGGAAUCUGGAGGAGACUACCAACGCGGGACUUCAUGGAAUCUGGAGGAGACUACCAACGCGGGACUUCAUGGAAUCUGGAGGAGACUACCAACGCGGGACUUCAUGGAAUCUGGAGGAGACUACCAACGCGGGACUUCAUGGAAUCUGGAGGAGACUACCAACGCAGGGCAUCAUGUUAACCAUUAAGACUUCGUGGGAUCUAAAGAAGAUUUAACGGGAGAUUGUGUGGGACCUUGAGCAAGCCACCAACAUAGGACUUCGUGGGAUUCAGAAGAGAGCUACUACCAACGUGGGAUUCACAAGAGGGCUACUACCAACGUGGGAUUCAGAAGAGGACUACUACCAACGUGGGAUUCGGAAGAGGGCUACUACCAACGUGGAAUUUGG